CGAGGAAGAAGAACUACCGAUACUCCUUCCUUGGUUCCCAACCAUCACCCAGUGCCGCCAGAGGUUCAACAGCAAAUUCGAGACAGCCGCAGGUUCAACGAAGGUCAGCAUACAAUAACUCAACACCUCGAACACCCAGUACAUCGUUUGGAUCUAGAGAAGGCGAACAGGACGAGGCCUACGAGAUGGUUGCCACGUACGGGGUUGCUCCUCCGGACAAUUCUGGGGAUCCGAGUUUCAGGGAAGGGCAUGACGAGUCGAGGGCUUUGUUAGGUGGCGACGGUAGUGCCUCGGGCUCGAGAGCAGUGAAGGAGAAGAAGGAUGGGCACGCGACCUUGACGAGUUGCAUAGGCAAUUUGGCGAACACGAUCAUUGGAAGUGGCAUGCUCACGUUUCCUCUGGCAAUGGCAUCCGCUGGUAUCAUCCCAGGAAUGAUCACCUGCGCAAUCUCUGGCCUCGUAGCUGCGUUCGGACUGUACCUGCUGUCCCUAUGCGCAACACAUACGAAGCACCGUCAUUCAUCCUUCCAUGCGGUAUCCCAGUUGACCUUCCCAAAGGCUGCUGUCUUCUUUGACGCCGCCAUUGCCAUUAAGUGCUUUGGUGUCUCGAUCAGUUAUCUUAUUAUCAUCAAGGGCCUCAUGCCCAAUGUCGUCGCUUCGCUGUUCCAUGAUUUGACCGGUCCAGACACCAAUCCGCCUGACUGGGCCCUCGACGGCAGGAAUUGGAUUACCAUUUUCAUGAUAUUCCUCAUUCCUCUGUCCUUCUUGCGUCAUCUGGAUAGCUUGCGACACACCAGUUACAUCGCCCUAUUCUCUGUUGCCUACCUUGUGGUCAUCGUCGUCAAGUGCUAUUUUUUCCCCUUGGAAGGAAUGCCUGAGAGAGGAGAAGUACACCUGAUCAAGUUUACUCCAAACUUCGUGGCCACGUUCCCGAUCCAAGUGUUUGCGUUCACUUGUGCUCAGAAUCUGUUCCCGUUGUACAACGAGGUCAAGGACAAUUCGCAGAAGCGCAUGAACAUUAUUAUUGGCGGGUCCAUCGGUGCUGCUGUCCUAACCUAUGAAGUGGUCGCAGUCAUCGGGUAUUUAACCUUCGGCUCAACGGUCGGAGCCAACAUCAUCGCGAUGUACCCCUCAACGUCUCUGUUUGUCGCCCUGGGUCAAUUGGCCAUCGUGGUGAUGGUUAUGUUCUCCUACCCCCUCCAAGUACAUCCUUGCAGGAAUUGUCUGGACAAGAUUUUGCAUCCGGAUACCCACCACAAGCCCAAGACAGCGGUCGGAGAGGGAGAAGAUGAUGUUGAAGAUGACGACGACGACCAUGCACAUGCUACUAUGUCACCCCUCAAGCACACAAUCCUUAGCAGCCUUAUCAUCGGCUUUGGUUUCACAAUUGCCUAUCUUGUAGAUGAUCUUCAACUCGUUCUUUCUUUUGUUGGUUCUACUGGUUCCACGACUAUCUCGUUCAUUUUGCCUGGUUUGUUUUACUGGAAGCUUACGAGGAAUAAUCCGUCUUUGAGGACGACUAAUUGGCUUUCGAUUCUUUUGACAAUCUAUGGAGUCUGUAUAUUUGUUUUCUGUCUGGGAUACAACAUCUACCAGGUGAUUCAUCCUCCGAUACUGGAGGGAAACCCUGAGUGA